AGCCUGGCAUCUUUCAGAAUAGUGACGGCUAGAUGAAUCAUUGUAAAAUUCGCCGCCGCUAUUGGUCGCUUUGGCUAAACGAGAGAACAUUAAACCUGAGCUGCAUAUUGCAAAUGACAGUGUCACAGCUAAUGCUAUUUACUGUACGACGCCAUCUUUUUAAAGUUCUAGUGUUUAUACGCACGGCUGGUGGCUGUUUGGCUAACUCUUAAAAUGACCUCUCUUGCCCAGUCAAUGUCACCUCUCACUAAUUUGUAUCAAACUGUACCUUUCUACAGAAUAAAUUGACCAGAUGGUCGGUACAAUGGUAGCAACUCCUCAUAUCCAAGUUUAAAGUUAAACUAUUCCCUGAUCCAGGCAGCACGGUGGAAGAGGGGUUAGUGCGUGUGCCUCACAAUACGAAGGUCCUGAGUAGUCUUGAGUUCAAUCCCGGGCUCGGGAUCUUUCUGUGUGGAGUUUGCAUGUCCUCCCCGUGAAUGUGUGGGUUCCCUCCGGGUACUCCGGCUUCCUCCCACUUCCAAAGACAUGCACCUGGGGAUAGGUUGAUUGACAACACUAAAAUCGGCCCUAGUGUGUGAAUGCGAAUGUGAAUGUUGUCUGUCUAUCUGUGUUGGCCCUGCGAUGAGGUGGCGACUUGUCCAGGGUGUACCCCGCCUUCCGCCCGAUUGUAGCUGAGAUAGGCUCCAGCGACCCCGAAGGGAAUAAGGGGUAGGAUGGAUGGAUAUUCCCUGAUCCUGAGAGUAUGCUGUCUGUUAUCACGCCACAAGAGGGCGCCAAAGACCCAUAAUCUUAUGUUUAUUUAAUUGGAAUGGCUGCCUCUGGAAAGCUUGCAUCUUUCCGCCUACCUCCCUUGCCCACUGUCAGUGAGUUGAUAAAGCUGUACAAGCUGCGAGCUGAGAAACAGCUUUCUCAGAACUUCCUGUUGGACUUAAGGCUCACAGACAAAAUAGUGCGCCAGGCAGGCAAUUUGAAGAAUGCCCAUGUGUGUGAGGUGGGUCCGGGUCCCGGUGGCUUGACCCGCUCCAUUCUGAAUGCUGGGGCUACAGACCUGUUUGUGGUGGAGAAGGAUUCACGCUUCAUCCCCGGAUUAACGUUGCUGUCUGAGGCAGCACCGGGCAGGAUGAGGAUUGUCCAUGGUGACAUUCUUACCUACAAAAUGGACAGAAGAUUCCCAAAAAGUAUCUGUAAGCCUUGGGAAGAAGAUCCACCAAACCUUCACAUCAUAGGGAAUUUGCCCUUCAACGUGUCCACCCCUCUCAUCAUCAAAUGGCUAGAGAACAUGGCUAACAGGACUGGUCCUUUCGCUUAUGGACGCACCCAACUUACGCUCACCUUCCAGAAAGAGGUGGCAGAGAGGUUGACAGCCAGCACGAAGAGCAAACAGAGGAGCCGCCUGUCUAUCAUGGCUCAGUAUCUUAGCACCGUCCACCACCGUUUCACCAUCCCCGGAAAGGCUUUCGUUCCCAAACCAGAGGUGGAUGUUGGCGUUGUUCACUUCACUCCUCUGGCUGAGCCUCUCAUCCAGCAGCCCUUCAAACUGGUGGAGAAAGUGGUGAGGAAUAUUUUCCAGUUCCGCAGGAAGUUCUGCCACAAAGGAAUCGGGAUGUUGUUCCCUGAGGCCAGUCGUGACGCGCUGACAGAGGAGAUGAUGCACAAGGCAGACGUGACGCCCACCCUGCGGCCCACAGAACUCACCAUCCCCCACAUCAAGGCGCUAGCGGACGUCUACGCUCACAUGUGUGCCCGCGACCCGCACCUGAUCGGCUUUGAGUUUCGAGACGAGCUGCGACUGAAACACUUGUCCAGGCGGGAGAGGAGCGCAGAUGCCGAGCGGGACGGCGGAGAGCCCCCGGCGACCGCGGUGAAAAGGACAAAGACAGAGACGAGCUCCCGUUAGCGGCUUUGACAUUUCCACCUGGCGCUGAGAUGCAUUUUUUAACACGCUUUUACACGCAACCAGCAGCAACAACUGUGCGUGUCUGCUUCAAGUUGGGGGACAUAAUGGAGUGUUUGUUGUAGAAUAGCUCAACUAUCAUGUGGGUGUAAAUAACAUGACUGCAUCAUGUCCAGUUCAUUUAUUUGUAUGUCACUUGGGAGGCGGAGCCACGUGGGAGGACAAUAAGCAUGAGUAAACAUGCAGAACAUGUGAUGUGUGGCGGGAAAACAUAUCUAAUGUCACAUGUUUACAUUCAUGUGGGCUUUUUUUCAUUACUGUAUCUCACCACUAUCAUGUCACAUUGCUUUCUAAUAAACAAAAA